AGCAUUUCUUCCUCUUUCCUGCCAAAAAUGGCGCGAAAACACAACAAGAAGCCUGCGGUUCCCGGCGUGCUAUGGCGCAUGUUCGGCGCCCGAGCGCGAACCCUCUCCAGCACCAUCAUUUCCUUGCUCCCUCCGCCGUCUCCGCCGGCGCUUUGCCACUGCCGCGGCCGCGGUUGCCUCGGCUGCGCCGUCGACGCGGAGAAGUUUCUUCUCCGCCCCGAGGAUCCCUCGGACUACCGCGAACUGCUCUCGAAAUGCUUCGUCGCCGUUCCAAGAAACGCGCCUUCGCCGCUCCCGUUCUUCUCUCCGCCCUCCUCCCGCUUGUCCCAAUAUAUGAUUGUACGGAGGACCAUUGAACCGAUGCUGCUGCUUCGAAAUGAAUCUUCCAAUGUGUUGUGUUCUGGUUAUGAUCCGAGUAAAUGUUCAAGCCCUAUUGUGGAGCUUUUAUCCUGCGCAUCUUGGUGUCUUCUGUUAAGCAGGGUUGGAGAUUAUUUUAUGUUUUACCUACUAAGGAAUACAUAUGUAUUCUUGCCAGCUCCCCAUGGAAAACACCACCAGGUGGGAGGUCCUCCAAUCAACGAUCUAUGCUUUAAAAUGCUCAAGGGCUCAUCCAAGUUUUGCUAUCAGAAUAAUGGUGAACAAAAGAGAAAAAGAGUUGAUGCUGAUGACCUACCAGUGAAGAAACAAAAGUGCCAUAAUUCUUACAGUACCAUUGGUCCUCUGGGUUUUUCAAUUAACUGUGACUUAACCAGUAAGUAUUCAAUGCAACUGAUCAGGCAUCAUGGGACCAGGAAUUAUGAUGUCAGUGUCUCUGAAGUUCCUAAGUCGACUAGAACUGGAACUGUUUUAAGGAAGUUGGAGUCAGAAGGGAAACAAGGCUCAAAUUGUAUUACACCUAGGCUUGGAAAACGUUCUAGGCCAUUUAAAUGGCAGCGGCGUAGUUGCAAAAUGCAAAAGCAAUUAAACCUUGAAGAAAAUAGUCUAAAUACACAUUGCAAUGUACUUCCUACAAAUACAGAUUGCAUGCGUGCUACUUCUCUGCCCAACACCACAAGCUUAAGCUAUCAUGCAAAGCUGCAGAUGCCGUGGCAAUGUUCUUGCUGUUUAAUCCUGCAAUCUCUUCCAGCUGUUCCUAAGAGGACUGACAUCAAAAGGCAAUCUAUUUUCUAUAACCUGGAGUCUUCUCAUGCAGUUUUUCCGAAGAAACAUAUUUUAUAUUCCUUAAAGCCAAAUUUGGCUUAUUCAAAGCAUCUCAUUGACGAUAUUUUUGGCUUCUCAAAUGCCCAGAUAAUACCUUGUUUGCACCGCAAUGGCUCAUGUCUCAUUGACUCUGGAUGCCUGUAUCACUCCCUUGUUAAGUGGUUUAAGCAUCUCAUUCGUAGGACACGCUAUUGCCAGCAUACAAAGCUCUUGAAUAAGCAUUGUGUUGUUUCAUCAUUUGAUUUGGAUAAAAAUACAAUCGGAAGUUCUAAAUACCAUGCAGAUACUGUGGAAACAAUAGAUUCACCAUCUGAGGCAUUUAAGUCAUACUGUUCAAAAAGUCAAGUUGUAUCUUUUAUAUGGGCUGUUUCUAGGAGUUUACUUCCUUCUGAAUUAUUAGGUACUCCUCCUACUUGGAGAAUAAUGAGGAGAAAUAUUUCCAAGUUCAUACACUUACGGAGAUUUGAGAAAUUCCCUUUAAAGCUAUGUAUGCACAAACUUAAAAUAUCAUCAUUUCCUUUCUUAUCAAAUAAAUAUUUCUUAAAUAGUCAAAAUGCUUCUGUUCUAAAGUAUAUAGAAGGGAAAAAUAAAUUAUUUCAUCAGGAAUUCAAGAAUUGGAAUGAUGCAGUCCAUGGUGUCAAACACAAGCUUCUGGAGAAGUGGAUCUUCUGGUAUUUCUCUUUUCUGGUUGUACCUUUGGUGCAAUCAAACUUCUAUGUUACUGAAAGUGAGCAAGGGAAACAAGAUAUUUACUAUUAUCCAAAACCAGUUUGGGAAAAGUUGGCUGCUAGCACUGUUGCUUGCUUUAAAGACUGGAGAUACAGUUGCCUGGAUGAUGUGGCUGUACGUAAUAUUCUUAGAGGUAGAAAAUUUGGGUUUUCAAAACUUAGACUUCAACCAAAAGAAAAUGGAGUAAGGAUGGUGGCCAAUCUGAAAGGUUCUUCAAAAAUGCCACUGCUUAUGUCCACUAUGGGAGUUCGAAAUUGGAAAACAAAGGGGAAGGUAAAAAACCAUUCCAAGUAUAAACAUUAUCCGUCUGUCAAUUCUGUUCUCCGUGAUGCCCAUACUAUACUAAAAGGAAUUCGGUUCAAGGAGCCCAACAAACUAGGAUCUUCAGUGUUUGACUACAAUGAUGUUUACAAAAAAUUAUGCCCAUUUUUGGUUGGCCAGAAGAAGGGAUCAGCAUCUAUGCCUAAUUUGUUCAUUGUUAAGUCUGAUGUGAUGAAAGCAUUUGAUUCUAUUAAUCAGGACAAGCUUCUUGAUAUAAUGAAAGAUUUUCUACUGAAAGAUGUGUAUUUUCUUAAGCAGUAUGAUGAAGUUGUUUGCACAAAGAAGUCUCUGUGGGUUCAAAAGCAAUUUACGAUGCUGGAUGAAACAAGAAACAAUAGCGAUACACAAUUCACUUCAUUUGCUUCCUUUCAUUCCCAUCAUGGUGUCUUUGUUAACCAGGAACGAUGGAACACCGUGAAAAAGAAAGCUCUGAAUGCAGAUCUUAUGCAGCAUGUGAAGCGCAAUGUGUUGCAGUUUAAUGGAAAAUUUUACUUGCAAGAUGUUGGUAUUCCCCAGGGAGGGGUUUUGUCAUCCUUGCUUUGCUCCAUGUAUUAUGGACAUUUGGAGAGACAUGUAAUAUUUCCGUUUCUUGAAAAGACUCUUGAAUGUGGCAGUUGCACGGAGAAUAAUGCUGGGCAAACCAAUUAUGAUGAUAAAGUCUCAUCUUACAUGCUAAUGCGAUUUAUUGAUGAUUUCCUUUUUAUAUCAACCUCAAAGAAGCAAGCAGCUAGCUUUUUCUCCAGGCUAGAAAGAGGUUUUCGUGGUUACAACUGCCACAUGAAUAAGAAAAAGUUUGGUGCAAACUUUGAUGUAGAACAUAUAUCAGACUGCCCAUUGAACAGGGUUUAUGUGGGGGAAGAUGGUGCUACUUCAUUUCUUCAAUGGAGUGGUCUUCUUAUCAAUUGUUCCACUAUGGAAAUUCAGGCUGACUACACUAAGUACUUGGGUAGCCAUUUAAGCUCGACGCUUACUGUUCGCUGGCAAGGUAAACCAGGCAUUAAUCUCAAGGGGAAGCUGCGUCUCUUUCUAAGACCUAAAUGCCACCCUAUAUUCUUUGAUUCAAAUAUCAAUUCAGCAGCUGUUGUGAGAUUAAAUAUUUAUCAAAUAUUUUUGUUAUGUGCAAUGAAGUUCCAUUGUUAUAUCCGGGAUUUAUCUUUCAUAUGCAAACUCCACAAAAGAUAUUGUUCUAACAUCAUACAAAUUUCUUUGAGAUACAUGUACCAGCUGAUAAAGAAACAAAUGCACUCCAUAAGUCUUAAUUCAGAAAUUCAGCCGAUUCUUGUAUUGGAGAAGGAAGAAGUGGAAUGGCUUGGACUUCAUGCUUUUGUACAAGUACUAAAGAGAAAGCAAUCACGACAUAAGGAGUUGCUGGCAAUUUUGAGGUCAAGGUUGUCAUCACAUAGAAUGUCUGAGAGGGUGUCACUUGAACUGAAAUAUGCAAUUAAUACCAAAAAUUCCUCUUUGCUAUGGGACAUCAAGUAUUAACUCUUAAAGGUGAGAGACAUCCUACGAACCGAUGGCGUGAUGAGUUGCAUUGAAAUGCUUAUUUCUUUUAGUUGUUUUCUGAUUCAACAACAAUGUGAUACUGAGUGGUAAAAUUGGUUAUUAUAUUUGGCAUAAUAUAUUUUGUUUAUUUUUGUCUCCUGGCUUUGAAUUCGGGAGAAGAGUCCAUGUCAUGUCUAGUUCAACAAUACAAGUUUUUUGAUGAGUGAUAAGUAUUUCUUUCUUAUGCAAGUCAUUUGAUAUCAA